CCCUACGGUCCGGUCUCAGGCUCGGGAUCCGAGCCUCGGGUGUUGAGUCAUUGCCACGGCGGUUGUUGGCUUUUUUGCCAGUGGUUUUUUUCUCUCCGAAGCUAUGCGCUUAUUGGCCGUACAAAGAGUAUAAAUCACUGGUUCUCUUUCAUACACAGUACAGUAUAGACUACAGAGACAAAGUUGGAGAGAGACAGAGAAGAAUUAUGAUGUGGGUUCCUUGAAUUGGUUCAAACUGCGGUCCUAUUUUCGCUUCUGGGUUUGAAUUGUAAAUUCUUCUGUCAUUUGGCACUUUGGUUUGAGCUUCUUUUGAUGUUUAGUUAAUUGAAUUCACCAUAAAUUGCUUAUAUUACUUGCUUUACCGAUUUUUCUAAAUUCUGUGGAAAGAAACCCAGUAUUAUUCCAUAUUAUUUUGUUCAUUGUCUCUGUUUAGCCACUUUGAUAACAAUUUGUUAAUUUUCUGUUCUUUUUUCUCUAAAUUUUAGUGUUUCAAGUUCUUCAACUCCUCAAUCACAAUUCAAAAUCUUCUGGGUGUUGAAAAAUUUGUCAUAUCAAGUGAAAUUAUCACUUCCCUUGUGAAAAUUUGGCCAUUUUCUGUAUUAUUUCUUGUACAUGAAGUGAAAUUCUCACUUCCAUUGUGAAAAUAGCUGUGUGUUUUUUUGAGGUUUUGAAAUAUGUUGCACACAAAGUCUGAGUCUGAUAUAACUAGUUUAGCCCCAUCAUCGCCUUCGAGGUCUCCGAAGCGGCCAGUGUACUAUGUACAGAGCCCUUCAAGGGACUCUCAUGAUGGGGACAAGUCCUCCUCUAUGCAGGCGACUCCCAAUUACAAUAGUCCAAUGGAGUCGCCUUCACACCCCUCUUUUGGGCGUCACUCUAGGAAUUCUUCGGCUAGCCGGUUUUCGGGUAUUUUUAGGUCUUCUUCCGGGAGGAAAUGGGGCCGGAAAAGGAACGAAAAGGGGUGGCCGGAGUGCAAUGUGAUCGUAGAAGAGGGGAAGUAUGAUGAACUUGACGAGGACAAGGGUUUUUCUCGGAGGUUUCAGGCCAUGCUGGCUCUCUUUAGCUUUAUUGUUCUGUUUACUGUGUUUUGCCUGAUUAUAUGGGGUGCCAGCCGGCCUUACAAAGUAGAGGUUACUGUGAAGAGCAUGUCUGUUAAUAACUUAUACAUUGGGACAGUUUCAGACUUCACUGGGGUCACAUCAAAGAUGCUGACAGUGAAUGGCUCACUGCGGAUGAGCAUAUACAACCCUGCUACCUUUUUUGGUAUGCAUGUUAGCUCCUCGCCUAUCAAUCUCGUGUACUCAGAGAUUACCGUUGCAACUGGUCAGCUGAAGAAAUAUUAUCAGCCAAGAAAGAGUAGCAGAACUGUUUCAGUGAGUGUAGAAGCAACUAAGGUUCCCUUGUAUGGGGCUGGAUCAAGUUUAGCAGUCGCCAAGGACGACAGCCUUCAUGUUCCAAUGACAUUACAGUUUGAGAUUCGAUCACGAGGUAACGUGGUGGGGAAAUUGGUGAGAACAAAGCAUAAAAUGCAAGUUUCUUGUCCUGUGGUUAUCGACUCCACUAGCACCAAACCUAUCAAGUUCAAGAAAGAUUCGUGCACAUAUGGUUGAUGUCCUCUCGACGAAUUUGGACCUUUUGUCUCAUGACUUGCUGCAUCACGAGUGUGUUGUUUGUUCUCUUCCUCCCAAGGAAGAAGAAACUUAAAUUUUUUGAGCCAUCAUAGUAGUAAUGGAUGGACUCGUAAGAUUUGUGCAAGUGCUUGCAUAGUUGUAUGUCUGGAGUCAAUAUAUGAAUGAAUUUGAUAUGAUGUACCAUAAAUAAAUAUGAUUAAUAUGCUGGUGCUCUUUAUUUUUUCUUUU